UGGCUCGACUGUAAACUGACAGCAGAUAGAGAAGCAGCACGUUGCUGUGUUGUGAUGAUAAACUGAUACAUUGUUGCAGUUUGACUCACAGCUGAUCAGCUGAUCACUAACAGCAGAGCGGUGGAUCUGAUCGGAUCGGAUCUGAUGUGAUCUGGUCUGAGGUCUCCUGGUUGCCAUCCGUCACCACAACAACCGAUAUUUAUCUCUGCCAGGCUGGCAAAGACGUAGAACCAUGGCAUCACUAGCAGCAGCAGCAGAGCCGGGUCUAAAGCCUCAUGAACCGGGUAUAAGGCAUCAGAUACCGGGUCUAAAGCCGGUCUCCAUCCCGCUGGCCGACGCUUUAGUCCCGGCCAGUAUCUUCGCUCCGGACCGCGGAGGCUGCGGAUGCGGAGAGGACGCCGGAGAUGAGUGCUCUGAUGACGGGGAGCUGUUCAACGGAGAGCCCGAGGACCGAGGGGUCGACUUCACCAACAAGCUGGCACUUGUCAGCCCAAAUGGAGAGCAGUAUGACUCGUUACUUCGCCAGCUACGGGACAGGAUGGAAGAGGGAUGUGGAGAGACCAUCUAUGUGGUUGGGAUGGGCUCAGAUGGCGGUGACUGGGGUCUGGAUGAGAAGGACAUGGAGGCCUCAGCAGCCACGGUGCGCUCUAUGUGUGAGCAAGUGGACGCUGACCUUAUAACACUCCGAGAGCGUAAUGAGGCUGCCGGUUUGGUCCGCGACUAUCUGAUCCGCCGGCGUGUGGGUGAGCUGGACUUCCUGGAGGUCAGGGUUGCGGUUGUGGGUAACGUGGAUGCUGGUAAAAGUACUCUGCUGGGCGUGUUGACGCACGGAGAGCUGGACAACGGCAGGGGCUUUGCCCGCCAGAAGCUCUUCAGACACAAACACGAGAUGGAGAGUGGCAGGACCAGCAGCGUGGGCAACGACAUCCUGGGGUUUGACCAGGAGGGACAGGUGGUGAACAAACCAGACAGUCACGGAGGAAGCCUGGACUGGACCAAAAUCUGUGAGAAGUCCUCCAAGGUCAUUACCUUCAUAGACCUGGCUGGCCAUGAGAAAUACCUCAAGACCACGGUGUUUGGGAUGACCGGACACCUGCCUGACUUCUGCAUGCUCAUGGUGGGCAGUAAUGCAGGUAUCGUAGGGAUGACCAAAGAGCACCUGGGCCUGGCCUUAGCCCUGAAUGUGCCUGUGUUUGUGGUGGUAACCAAGAUAGACAUGUGUCCAGCCAACAUCCUGCAAGAGACCCUGAAACUACUCCAGAGGUUACUGAAGUCCCCCGGCUGUAGGAAGAUCCCCGUACUGGUCCAGAACACAGACGACGUCAUCGUCACGGCUUCAAACUUCAGUUCGGAGAGGAUGUGUCCCAUCUUUCAGAUCUCCAAUGUAAGCGGAGAGAACAUGGAACUGCUCAAGAUGUUUCUCAACCUGCUCUCCUCCAGGACCUCGUACCGGGACGACCAGCCUGCUGAGUUUCAGAUAGACGACACCUACUCCGUACCGGGAGUGGGAACAGUGGUAUCGGGGACUACUUUACGUGGACUCAUACGUCUGAAUGAUACGAUGCUACUAGGGCCGGACCCGUUGGGCAGCUUCAUCCCCAUCGCCGUCAAAUCAAUCCACCGCAAGAGAAUGCCCGUGAAGGAGGUCCGAGGAGGUCAGACCGCCUCAUUUGCUCUCAAAAAGAUCAAGCGUUCGUCCAUAAGGAAAGGAAUGGUGAUGGUUUCCCCGAGGCUGUGCCCACAGGCUACCUGGGAGUUUGAGGCUGAGAUCCUGGUACUGCAUCACCCCACUACGAUAUCCCCCAGAUACCAGGCCAUGGUCCACUGCGGCAGCAUAAGGCAGACAGCCACCAUCCUGUCCAUGAACAGAGACUGCUUACGGACAGGGGACAAGGCUUCAGUCCACUUCCGCUUCAUCAAAACCCCCGAGUACCUGCACUGCGACCAGAGGCUGGUGUUCAGGGAGGGACGCACCAAGGCUGUGGGAACCAUCACCAAGCUGUUGCAAUCCACCAAUAAUUUACCAUCAAAUUCCAAACCUCCACAAAUCAAAAUGCAGUCCACAAAGAAGGCACCGCUGAGAAAAGAGGACGGCAGCGCGGCAGCCAGCGACGAUGCAGCCUCGAUAGCACAGUCGGGGGGGCCGAACGCAACACAACCGGGAGAGGGAGAUGAAGACCCUCAGAUAAAGGAGGGCAACAAAGAGAACAAGCCAAAGUCUGGAGGAGGUGGAAGGAGACGAGGCGGCCAGAGGCACAAAGGAAAAGGCCAGAACAGCAGCAGCAGCAACCCCACAGCAGCUCCCUCCUCGUCAGGAACAGGAGGCUCCUGAACCUCCUCUCCUCUCAUAAAACCUCCCUCUCUGCUAUCACUCCACCAAGUGUCUUCAUUCCACAAACCAUGAAGGAUACAGAUGUUUGGAGCCAAGACACUCCUCAGUCUUCUCACUCCUUGCCUUCUUACACUUUUAUUAUUUAAAAAGGGAACACAAAGAGGUACAGUACAUCCCCAAACCAAAACACACCCUCAUGAAGCAUUUGAACGUCAGCUGCCUUUUACUAUUUAUAGAGUGGUUUGGGGUGAUGGAAAGCAGUGAGUUUUUUUUUGAGGUUAGCCUCACUCAGGAUGAUGAUUUAUUUAAUUUUAUCCAUAUUUUAUGUGUCUAUGAAAUCUACCAUUCAGUCCUGUCAGCGGCAGGGAGGGCGGCUAAACCGAAAACAAGGGUCCAGCACCAAUACGAGCAGCUAUACGUUAAACCCCCACCCCUCCAUGCAUUCCCUGUGUAUUUGCAAUGAAAAACAAUUCAUGUACUAUUUAUACUGUAAAUUAGCUGUUAGUUGUGCUCCGAUUGGAAAGAUGCCAUUGUACAAAAAAACAUGUAUGCAAAUCAUAAAUGAAUGUAGCAGAGGGCACCGUAGUGAUUUUAAAAACUCUACAUAUAUGGAACAUAAUAUAUAAGCUGUUUGCGUUUUUAUAGUUGUCACUUAUUUAUUUGGCAUACAUGCAGAAAGGUUCACUCUUUUGAUGGUCUUUCAACCUGCUGUCACUUUGCACACAUUCAGUAGUGUCUGCCAUGCUUCCACUGUCAGUCAGCCACGUUACAAACCUUAUACAAACAGAUACAGCACAUCAUCUCCCAUAGUUGCUCAUGAUUAUUAAAGGACAUGCAGUACUCAGCAGUGCUACUUGUAACUCUAGUACCCCCCCCAUGCGUUAUGGAUGGCCUGUUUGCUGUUGACAUGUUGUGACAUUUUAAAAAAAACGAGUUUGACGCUAAAAAAACAAACUGAGCAUUAAUAAACCGGCUUUACUCAAC